UUUCGAAAUAGUUGACUUCUAAAAUCUUUGCAAUCGUCUUUUUGUUUUUUUGUAUUAAAUUCUUUCUUAAGCUUUUUCCUUAGAAUGGACAAUGGGCCAUAUAAUCCUUAUGCGAAUCGAGAUGUUCAAGUGCCACUUACAAACUUAGAAGCGUUUUUUUCACUACUUAAGUGCAUUGUGGGCACAGGAAUUUUGGCCAUGCCGAAGGCCUUUUACUACGCUGGCAUUUUGGGUGGUAUUAUGUUAACUAUUCUGUCUACCAUUGUCCUAAUGUAUGGCAUGCAUUUACUGAUCAAAUGCAUGGUGGAAAGUGCUCGUCAACAAGAGAUACCGUAUUGCACAUACUCCGAGUCAAUGGUAUAUGCCUUUUCAGUGGGUCCAAAUUGGUGUAAACAUUGCUCCAGAGGAUUUGGUUUUAUGGUUGAUUUGGUUUUGGCCCUCUCACAUUAUGGUGUUGCCGUGGUCUAUAUAUUGUUUGUGGCAAAGAAUGUCCAACAGCUAAUCCAUUAUCACUUUAGCUAUUAUAGUUUGGAGAUCUUUGUAGCUGUGGUCGGUAUUCUGUUGUUGCCCCUAUUUAUGGUCCGACAAUUAAAAUAUUUGGUGCCAUUGAAUGUUCUAUCCAAUGUUCUAAUGUACAUGGGAUUCUUGCUCAUAUUUUAUUAUCUUUUUCGAGGCCUACCUUCGAUGUCUGAUCGCAAAAUGAUUGGUGCCUUCGACGAGUUGCUGGAGUUUUUUGGCAUCGUCUUCUUUGCAGUCACUUCUGUGGGAGUGAUGCUGGCCAUUGAAUCGAAAAUGGCAACACCUGAAAAAUAUAUAGGUUGCUUUGGCAUUCUGAAUAUUGCUGCCGUAAUUGUAGUCUUUUCGAAUCUAUUGUUUGGCGUGUUGGGCUUUUGGCGCUAUGGCGAUGAGAUUCGAAGUAGUGUCACUUUGAAUUUACCCUCGGAUACAGUGGUCUCACAGAUAUCAAAGAUUUCCAUUGCGCUGGGCGUCUUCAUGACGUAUCCUUUGUCAGGCUAUGUGACCAUUGACAUUAUUAUCCGUGAGUGGGUGUUAAAGGGUCGUAGUUAUCCACAUCCGCACAUGAUUGAGUAUAUAGUGAGGGUUCUUUUUGUCUUCUUGAGCACCAUCAAUGCCAUGGCAUUUCCAAAACUGUCACCUCUGGUCGCUCUGGUGGGCUCAGUUACUAUUUCGGUGCUCAAUCUCAUCUUUCCCGCCUUCAUUGAAAUGAGCCUUUUGUAUAGCAAUUCCUAUGGACGCCUCAAAUGGAUCCUGGUCAAGGAUAUCCUAUUGGUAAUAUUAGGCUUCUCUAUACUUGUCCAUGGUCUUUAUAGUGGUACACGGACCAUGUUGCGCACAUAUCAUCCAGACUAUCAGGAUAAUCAGAAAUGUUUGAACGUGUCAACUAAAUCUACUUGUCAGAUCGAUGACCUUUAGCUAACACUUUCUUAUAAGUAUCUUUCUUUAAAAGCCAAAGCCAAUAAUGCAUCUUUCCAAUUUCGGCCCAAAAGAAAAAAUUGUGUGACUCCUAUAAAACUCUUUCAUGUAUGAAAUUUGUAAUUUGGCAUUAAAAAUUAUUGUAUUC